GUUUCGGUGUGGCCGCCGCCGCCGCCGUUGCCGUCACCGCAACAGCCGCAGUCAUGUUAGUGGCCACAGUGGUGUCCAUGUGGGUGCUGAGCGCCAUGGCCGUCACCGUCCGGCACGGCCGGUCCAGGAUGGCCAGGUGGGCGCAACAACAGCACAACGAACAACUGCAACUGCCGGUGGCCAACGGCACGUCGGCGUCGUCGGCGACGGUGGCCACGACCACCGCCGCCGUCGACGGACGCUUGCACGACCCGGGCGGCGGAUCGGCCGGGCCGCUGCCAUUGCCGCCGUCGCUGGCUUCGGACGAGUUCGGACAUCAGCAACAGCACUACCGGCACAAGGCCAACGCGCUGUUACGCAUCGUCGAGUCGCAACAGCAGUUGGGCGACAACUGCACCGCCGGCACGGAUCUGAACAUGGGCGAAGGGGUCGUGGACAGAUAUGCUCAGGAACGGUUCAGGGUAAUGGCUAAUGUGGCCGUGAAUCGAGCAAACAUGUUGACGAGAAUUUGGAAGUACGGUGAUCCCGAAGUAACAGAUUCUGAGUAUUUACUUCACGCCGGAGUUAUAUCUAUGGUAGAGUUUGAUAACGAUAUAUUUGCUGCCGGGAACUGCUAUGACCAACAGCAGUACAAAAAAUAUUGGCUGUUUUGUCCAUACGCAUACAGACUCCCAGACGGCGAUGGAAUAUUGGCUAAAGAUUUGGCUGUUGAGUAUAACUAUUUAUCGAACACCAGCGAAUGGUUUUACAUAGCUCGACACAAAGCGCAAGGUGUGAUCAAUAAGAACAAUCAAUACAGUCACGCAUUUAACUCUUAUACUUGGAAUGACUCAGCUCACACAGACUGGAUAUCUGAUGACGUGUUAAUAGUGACGUACGAAGAUGGUAAAUGGAGUAAACCCUAUUACGAUUGUGGUGGUGGAAAUAUUUGGAUGCUCACAUACACUGUACCAUUUUUUGGCUACAAAGAUGGAAAAUACUUUUUUAAAGGUACCAGUGGAAUUGAUAUUGAUUUGAGAAGAGUUGAUAUUGAUCAGUGCCCUUUGCCACCGGGAAGUAAUCAUUUCAAUAUUUUCGCUUCAUCUGACAAGUGUAAAAAAGAAACUACUUACUGUGUACCUAUUUCGGGUUUGGGGUUUCGAAGAGGCAGUUAUAAGUGUAUGUGCCGUCGAGGUUAUUAUUUUCCCGCACCCAAAUACGUAGGUCAUCCCGGAACUCGGUAUUUCAAUGGAGUCAUUAUUGAAGAAGAAUAUGAAAAACUAAUGCAGGGAAAACCAAACAACUACAGCCAAAAUAGCAUGUUUGAGUGUUUGCAAUGUGCUGAAGGAUGCGACGAGUGCAUUGACUCCAGUCCUUGCAUAGCGUCCUUAAACUGGGUACUUCGUUCAAUCAUACUAGUGCUCUCUCUGGUGAUUAUAGGGUGCCUUCCGCUGGUCGUGUUCUUCACCUGGAAAUACGGACAUCUAAAAGUUGUUCGAGCAGCUAGUCCUGCACUUCUAAGAGUUAUUGCUCUUGGAGCGUUUUUCAUCUAUGCUACGAUGAUUGUGAUGUAUCCAAAACCAAAUAUGAUAACUUGUAUUGCUCGUGUUUGGCUUCGAGAAAUUGGAUUUUCACUCACCUAUGGAGCUUUAAUGCUUAAGACAUGGAGGAUAUCAGUCAUUUUUAGAGUAAGAUCAGCAAAAGUCGUGAAAAUUACCGACAAGGACUUACUGAAAAGACUUGGAUUGAUGAUGGCGGUAGUAGGCUUAAUAAUGCUAAUAAGAACUCUGGUCAAUCCACCAUAUGUUAUAGUAGGUAGAACAGCAGAUAAUUUAAAAACAGAUCUGUGUCCAACUGGAUGGUGGGACAGAUUCUUUUCUAUACUGGAAGUAUUAUUUCUAGUUUGGGGUAUCCGUCUUUGUAUUGUUGUACGGAAAGCACCAUCAGAAUUCAACGAGAGUCGAUUCAUGUCAAUGGCAAUCUACAAUGAAUUUAUUCUCUCAGUCUUCCUUAAUGUAUCAAUGUUUUUUCUACAGUCGCCGGCUAACCCUGACUUGCAGUAUAUCAUUUUUUUCUGUCAUACUCAACUCACAGUUACAACUUUGCUAGGAUUUAUAUUCGCUAGUAAGGCUUAUUUAGUGAUGAGAGGUGAAGAAGCAAAUGAUGAAGACGGACAUAUAAAGCACAUUAAAGUAACUGGUGGUAGUAGAAUGUUUAGUAAACAGACUAGAAAUUCAAACAAAGCUAAUAACUCAACAUUUUGUGGCUUAGAAGAAUCUAGUACCGACUUUGUGUUAACUGAAGCAGACGCGCAAGAGGAAUUCGCACAACUCUUUAGGCAGCUGGAUGCGCUCAAGGAUAAAAACUUAAGACUUGGUAAUCGGCAUUUAGCCGAAAAGAUAUCAGCUAUGCAAGAGGUGAGCAAACGCGUUGUCUGGUCAACCAAUAUUGAAAAAAAACCAUCGGCUGCAGCUGUCAGUGGUUAUGCGUUCACCAACCACCACCUUGGUUGUAGUCACCCGACUAGUGGUAGCCAAAAAUCAUUGGUCGUCAAUCAAAAUGGCAAGAAACCAUUUAUGAAGGAAGUGACGGUGUGAUGAGCAUUAUAAUUUUAUGCCUAAAGGUUACCUCUAUUCUAAUAAUACCAUCAUUCAGUCGUUCAUUUGUUCGACUUCAACAAAGCAUUUCGAUAAUUCUAAAUAUUAUUCAAGAAAACAAUUAAAUAUAAACGUUAUCGUUGCAUAUGAGCUGUCGUUGAUUGUUUAAAUCAUACUCCAAACAUGUUCUUUACAAAUACUAAUUUAUUGUUAUUAUUUUAUAAUGUUAUUAAAUUAAUUUCUUUAACGUCAGCACGUUUAAUAAAUUUAACAGAUAUUAUAGUU